AUGAGCUCCGUUUCUGCCAAUGCGAAUGUCAAUCAUGCAACGUCCGGCCCCAUUCAAGACGCUUUGGAUGGUCAGGCAGGGGAUUUGAUGACAGGAUCGGAUAAGGGGCCACGUUAUCUAUACUACCGCUUGUACACCAGGGAGGGUGCGAUCGCCACGAGCAAGCCAAUCUACGCAAAUGACCCGUUCAUCGGCCGAACGCUUCCAAAGCUGAUUACACCACCACAUAUGGCAAGGAAUGUGAUAAACCACCUGUGCGGAAUCGAAGGGUUUUCCGUGGACACCGUCGGCAGUCUCUUCGAAUCGCUUUCAAGUCAGACGGCAAUCGAGGAGUCGACUCGCCUCUCAUUGAAAGGCCAUGACGGUCCGGGCGCCUCGGAGGAUGACCCUAUGGCUCUAGUCGUUGGGAUUUGGGAUGUUACAAAUCGAUCAGCGGCUGGCGGAGAACAUUCGAAGGAUCUGCCUGACACUGAUUCACAUAAGCCUCAUUACGUUCACUAUCACAUUUAUGACAAAGACGGUGCAAUACCAUCGAAGACCUCCUUCAAUCCAGACGAUAAGUCAUUAGGCCGCAUCGACACUCUUUCCAUAGCGCCACCUCAUACUGUCGCUUCCGUCAAAGCCCGGAUUGUCAAAGCUGAAGGCGUUGCAUCAGCUCAAAAAAUCCAGUUGUUCGAAGACAUGAUGGACGAUGAGACGUAUCCAGGUUCUGGAGAACACGAGCCUCUGGCGAUUGUUUGCGGCGGAGUCGACGAAACGGGUAUAAUUGCGCAGAGCUCCCAAGAGCCUCAAAGACGAAGCAAAGUUUCGUUUUUGAAACGACUCACGACUGGUUGGAAGAAAACUAGAGAGCCAUAA